AUGUUUUCUUGCGCCGCCGGGAGAGUCGUCCGCUCCCCCAGUACCCUGCCACCGCCCUUGGUGUGCGCCUUUGCCCGUCCAGCAGCCCUCGGCGCGGCCCAGAAGCCCUUUGCCCGUCCCGGCCACCAACGGCGCUUAUCAUCAUCCAAAGCGUCGACUCCUCCAGAUAGCUCGAAUGGAUCAAGUUCUACGCAGCAGACGCCUGCGAGCGCUGAGAAGGCACCUGCAAAGGCUUCUGUGAAGAAGGCGACAGGAAGAGCUGGGAGGAAGAGGACCACCACACCUCCGAUCCCGGCGCUGAACGUGCCCCAUGUGCCGCCGACCGAUUAUCUACAGAAGCCUGGUAUGCAAAGAAAGAAUCGACGUGAAGUGCAUCAGCUGAUCAAUUCUACAGAAGUAAAGAUAUCGUCGUUCUUCUCGCUCCACCGUCCCAUAUCCCUUGACCAGGCUAUACCACCAGUAGCCACGGACUCCUCGUUCGAAUCUAUCUUCGCAGCACGAUCUCCAUACAACAGGGAAACGACGGUGAAUAACAUUCAAACACUCUCGAGUGGUAUCGAGACCUUAGAGGCAGCCUUGGCUGUCCAUGAGGAGCAGGCACCUGCUCAGGAUGCAUCGCAGAUCCAGCUGCAGCAUUAUGGCAGCCCACCACAGGUCUCCUUGCAGGAGCUCAUGUCGAAGUUCGUCCCAUUCAGGCCACCACCACCUCCCAUGCCUUUGGGCGAAGCAGUCGAAAUGAACAACAUAAUCGAGAAUGUUGCAGCUACACCCUCACAGAUCAAGAAGCGCACCUGGAGCAGUACCGUCGUAGUGACGGAAUCUACCGAUGCCUCGGGCAAGCCCACUUAUUCAGCCACCACCACACCGAUGGUCGAGAUCGCGGACCCUACCGCGGAGAACGAGCUGGAGCAGUAUAAGGUGCGCCAACCGUUCCUCUACCGUAUGAGCCAACGGCAAAACACAAACAACCGCAGCCGGGACAUUCUGCAACGCCCGGAUAUGUUGGCGAUCAGUGUCAAGAGACAGAGGAAACUGAAGAUGAAGAAGCACAAGUACAAGAAGCUCAUGAAGAGAACGAGGCUGUUGCGUAGGAAGCUAGACAGGCUAUAA